AUGCAUACACCGCCCAGCGAAAAAGCCUUCUACAUUAGUGGCGGCAAAGAAGAAAGCGUUGAUUCGUGCAAAUUGAAUGCUCAGAAGCAGGAAAAGCAACGCACUGAUUCUCCUCUUGCGAGGUACAAUAAACAUGAUCAACCAGUUUUUAGAGUUUGUAUGUUGCCAUCAAAUCCGAAUCUCUUCGGCCUGCGCACCAAGCUUCUCGUAAACAUCACGAGAAAUUCUGGAAAGUUGGGACAUCAUGAUAUUCAUACUAAGAACGAUCUUGUUUCUGGAAAGACUAAAGUGGUUGAGUCAUUUGUCUUAGGGAGUGAGACAGAUGGGUCAUCUAUUAAAUCUGAGGAUACUAGGGAUUCUGAAAUUCAGGCUUCCAAGGAAAUCAGGCAGGUUUCAAAAGUAGCUGUUAAAUCAGAAGCUAGCAAGUCAAAGGAGCUCUUCCUGAAGGUUUUCGAUGAUAGAGAUUCUGAUUUACUUGCACGAGGCAUUACUCCCGUGAAACCGAAUGUCAAGGAUGAAUACAAGGAGUUUGAAAAGUUAAUCCAAGAGGAUUUACGAGAGAUGGACAACCGCUUGGAAGAAGAAGAGGCCAGAUAUUCUUUCCCAACUUCCAUUGAAUUAAUCCAGGGGUUGCACAGUGAGGAAUUGUAUCACUGA